GCAACGAUUUGUACAACUCGAAGUGUAAAACAUCGGAAGUUAGGUCUUUUCACUAGUCAGCUGUUGUGAUAGCUCUAUAUUUAUAUAAAUCAUAUAUAUAUAAAAGAGGAAGCAACGGCACGGUAGAAAAAGAGAGACAGAGAUAUAUAUAUAUGAAUACAUAAGCCGCCUCGUAGAUAGCCUCGAACUCGUGCCGCUCGCACAGCAUGCCCGCCGCUCUGUAGCGAAGGAGGGCCCGAGCCGUCAUUUUCAUACAUAAGCAAGAUGGAGGAUCUCGCAGUCGAAGUAUGCGGCGAAAACGGAGCAUAUUAUAAGGCCUAUGUGACAGAUGUAUUCGAAGAAGAAGUCCAGGUGGCUUUCGACAACGACUGGCAACCAGAAUCAAAGUUUCCUUUUGCUCAAGUCCGACUACCUUUAAAGGAUGGACCCAAACCCGAGUUCCAAGAGGGACAGGAAAUUGAAGUAUUGUCCAGAUCUAAUGACCAAGAAGUCUGUGGAUGGUGGAAAGCUGUCAUCAAGAUGAUGAAAGGAGGUUUUCUGGUCGUCGAUUACCUAGGCUGGGAAUGCAAUUAUACAGAAAUUGUAUCUUCAGAGCGUCUAAGAAUGAAGAAUCCAAAUCCGCCGAUCGACAAUAACACAUUUCACAAGAUAGAAAUAGAAGUACCUGAAGAACUGAGAGAAUUUGCCAAAAUGGACGGCGUACACAAAGAAUUUCAAAAGGCGUUAGGAGCAGCGGUUUGUCGGUACGUCCCGGACAGAGGAGUAUUACUGGCAAUAUCCCGCAACGAGAAUCUCCAACGGCACAGUAGUAUGCUGAAAGAAAUGCAUUUUCGGAAUCUUUCUCAAAAGAAGGUCUUGUUGCUGAAGAGAACGGAAGAGGCGGCGCGUCAGCUCGAAUCAACAAAGCUCCAAACGAUUGGCGGCAAAUUUAGAUCUUCAAACUUUAUAUAUCAGCGUGUCUCAGACUUUGAGACAGGAGUGAGAACGAAUUCAAGGUAUGCGGACGAAUUUAACGUAAGGGAAGACCUCAUGGGUUUGGCUAUCGGCGCUCAUGGAGCGAACAUUCAGCAAGCCCGAAAAGUUGACGGUAUCACCAAUAUAGAAUUGGAGGAGAAUUCGUGCACCUUCAAAAUAUACGGCGAGACUCACGAAGCUGUGAAAAAGGCGAGAUCCAUGCUCGAAUACAGUGAAGAAUCAAUCAAAGUUCCACGAGUCCUUGUUGGCAAAGUGAUCGGCAAAAAUGGUCGGAUAAUACAAGAAAUCGUGGACAAAAGCGGUGUAAUAACAUCUGGCUCGAGUGGGAAUGUACAUACUGAUAGAGUUCGAGUUAAAAUAGAAGGUGACAAUGAACCGCAGCCGACAAUACCGCGAGAAGAGGGACAGGUGCCCUUCGUAUUUGUCGGAACGGUUGAAAGCAUCGCCAAUGCCAAGGUUUUGCUGGAAUAUCACUUGGCCCAUCUAAAGGAAGUUGAAGCUCUGCGACAAGAAAAAUUAGAAAUCGACCAACAAUUACGAAGUAUGCAUGGCUCGACUACGGGGCCGAUGCCCAAUUUCCCUCCAGCGAGGCGCGGUAUGACGUCCGGACCUGAAGAAGGUGGCGGAGGCGGGCGCGGUGGACGGGGAGGCGGAGGUCGUGGCGGGCGAGGCGGAAGAGGCAGAGCUCCGCCAAGACACAAUGCUGGACUUCGCCGAGACACACUGGACGGAAGCGAGGAUAGAGUUCGCGAUCUUCCCCCCAGAGGGGGUCAUCAGGGCCAGGGUGGUGGAGGCGGUGGUGGUAAUUCCGGUUACAUGGGUGGAAGACAAGGUAGACCUCCAGCGCAAAGACGAGAUCGAAGAGACGACCGUCGACGAACGACGGAUGACGAGGAUACCGUACUCGAUAGUCAAGACGUAUCGAGCAUCGACAGAGAUGGCAAACCAAUCUUUAUUAUAAAUCAAACGGAUGGUCACAAUGGUGCGUGCGUAGAGUCAGUAUCGAGUGUGGAAAGAAGACCUAAAACAGGGGGUAGGCGGCGUCGAUUACAGCGAUCUCAACAACGGAGUACAACACCGGACAACCCUCAUAAAGGCAAUAAUGCAGGACUCGGUGAGCAAUCGUCUGUGACGAGCAAGGAGGGUACACCGGCAAACGACGUGAUCGUGUCGAACAGCUCGCAAGGUCCAAAAGGUCAGAGGGAACCGAGAUCUCGUCACGCGCGUAUAUCGCAGAGCAAUAAGCCUAAGGAAGCUCUGGUUAAUGGUACCAGUGGCUAAAAGCUCUCGUACACGGCCAACAAACCUUUCGUAGAAGCUGCCAUGGACAUAAUUAUUUUGAAAAAUGAAAUAAGAGAAAAAAGUAACGAAAAAAACAGAAACAACAACAACAAAUGGAAAAACCAAAACAAGAGCUAUCAACAACAAGCACGUGAACAUGACGCAUAAAGGAAAACCCCUCACAAUGAAAGAAGACCUGCCACGAGAAUUCUAGACACGCGAAUUCUAGACGGCGACAUGAGAAGUCUCGUGAGACUCUUCGCUACCCGAUUAACAAUAAAGAAAGUUGUUAACAGUUCAUUUCUUUCUUCGAUGUUCUUAUAAAGGAGAAAAGCGAAGAGAGACAAACAGACUAAGAAAAACUUGGAAAAGCUACAAAAAAAAUCAACACGUCUAAAGACAUAAUUAAUUAUUAUCCAAUCCAUGGUUUAGUUCGAUGAUAGUCGAACGAUACUAUCAUAUUUGAUAUACGGACGCAUUCAUUGGGAGAUGCAGACAAAAAUUUGUCGAAAUAGAACAAUUAUCGAUUCAAUAUUCCCCUAAAACUUCCCGGAACUGGAUUGUGAAACUGUGCCCUCGGACUGUUUUUUCCUGCUUUCCCGUACCGAGCACCAAAAAAUUAAAAACUGUUCCUGUUGAUACGCUUCGACAUACUUGAAUCGUAACACCACCAAUUACUCGUCCACAACACUAAAACAUUCGAUUAUCAAUGAAUAUUGUUCUCAACGUAAAGAUCGAUCACCGGAUUGGAAGAAAAUUACAAGGAAAAAAAAACGAAUUUCAUUGUAGGAAUGGCGUAUACGACAUUUUUUCGAUAAUUAAAAAUUAAGCGAAAAGCGGAAAAAAUAACGGACAAAAAACUUCCUGUAUUGUAGUUAAAGGUAACGCUAAAACAACCGAGCAGAAAAAAAGAAGAAUCGAUUAUGAAAAAUUGCUGUGGAAAACGUAACCGUAUGAAUGUGUGAGCGCGUGCGAAUUUCGCUGGUCAAGUGAACGCGCGUCAUUGCUAAAAUGAAAUUCAGUGCGGUAAAGGAGAACCAACAAACGAAAAAUUGUUUCUCGUUAAUUUUUUUUUUACAACAAUAAUUUGCGGUUGCGACUUUCUAGAUUUCACGAUAUUUUUUCCUCACGAAUAUUGGCCUUUGUUAAUUAAUUGCACACAGUUAACUGUGUUGUCGGUUUUUAUUUAUUUUUUUUCUAUUUUUAUUUUCCUUUUUUUUGUCUUUAUUUCAAUCGUUAGCAGUAUUCCUUGACGAAAUGCUAAAAAAAACUAUUACCCCCCCCCCCCCCCUCCCCCCAUUACAUUUCAAUUUCGUUCAUUGCAAAGCUUCAAUGCACCUCGUAGUUUCAAUGAAAAAAAUUUGAAAAAAAAAAUCCUCGUUUUUCGUUGAAAGAGUGCAGCCCAACCGUAAAAUAUUUGUGCUAGUUUUGGGAUCGACUUUUCUCUCAUCAUGCACUUUGUUUGUUUUCAAUUUAAGUACGUUAUCAUUAAUAUUUCGAUUAUAUGUUUUCCAUUUCUUUUUUUCUCCCCAAUUUAUUACGUGUUGAAAAACAAUUCUUAUAUUUUUUUUUUCGAUCAAGUUUUCCCUUUCAGUUAAAGCAGUUUUGUUUUUAAAUCUCAAAAAAAGGUGAAGAUUGAACGAGCGAGAAAGAGAGAGAGAGAGAGAGAAAGAGCGAGAGAGAGAAAAAGAGUGAAAAAGAACAGAAAGUAAACCUAUAUUUAGCGAUACCAAUGUAUGAUGUGCCAGAGAUGAAAAAAAAACGAAAAAAAAAACAAAAAAACGAUACAUGUUUUAUGAUAUCUAGCUGAAGUGCAGACUUAGCGCAUACCUUUAUUACUAUAAUACUACUUAGUCGAAAUGUGGAUGUCUGAACAAAUAAACUAGCUUUACUAUACUAAGCUAUAAACAAAAAAAAACCAUAAAUAAGGGAAAAACGAAAAAAAUAAAUACGGUCGGUGGUUUUAAAAUGUGCGUCAAUUUGAAACUGUCGACUUUCUUCUUCCGGAUAUGACAACAACCUAUCGGACGUGUCUCACGGAUAUUGCUAGCAUUGUACGACGCGACACAUGAACACAGACGUGUACGCGAAUAAUGUUAAUGCCACGCAAACGACAUUUAAACAUUAAAAAAAAAAGUAUAUAUACAGCUGCCACAAUAUCUGAAUAUCGUUUUUGGCAGCCGAAAAAACUGAGAUAUCCCCCAACUUGCUUGUUUCAGAUACAUUUGUAUUGAUUGCAAUUUGUGCAUAAUUUAAGAAUAAAACAUUUCUGUACAUA